AUAAGAAAAAAGACAAUUUUUUUUUUUAUUUUUUUUUUCACAAGCAUUUUUACUGAAAAACAAAAGGAAAAUUGAAGAAAAACAGCAUGUGAAUCACAGAAUAUAUAUUUUUUGCAAUACAGAGGAAGAAGAAGGAUCGGUUUGAUUGAUCAUUCAUCAAUGAAGAAGGAAAAGGAUAAAGGAAAAGAAAUUGAUGUAUCAAGCCCCAUCAGUGCCGAAGAAGAAGAAGACACUGAUGAUAAACAAUUACCUUCUUUUCCCUCUGUUAGAUUCUCUUCUCGUAACGCUUCUUCCAAAUAUGAUUUUGUGAAGGUAAAAGUGUGGUUGGGUGAUAAUGCGGAUCAUUACUAUGUUCUUUCCAGAUUUUUGCUUAGUAGAAUGUUAACUGUAACCAAGAUUCCAAACCAUGUAGCUAUCAAAAUUGCUCUUGAACUGAAGAAGCUUCUAAUAGACAACAGCCUUCUAGAUGUAUCUCAGUCUGAUUUGGAAGCCAACCUAUUUAAGCUUAUGGAGCGGCGAGGAUAUGGAGAAGAGUACAUUAAUCGCUAUAAGAUGAUGACAAAGUUUCACCAUCAAAGAGUUCCACUAGUGAUCCUUGUCUGUGGAACUGCUUGUGUCGGAAAGUCUACUAUUGCAACUCAGCUGGCACAAAGACUUAAUUUGCCAAACGUAUUACAGACAGAUAUGGUUUACGAAUUGUUGCGCACAUCAACAGAUGCACCAUUGGCUUCAACUCCUGUUUGGGCUCGGGACUUCAAUUCAUCAGAGGAGUUAAUAACUGAAUUUUGCAGAGAAUGCAGGGUUGUUCGUAAAGGUUUGGGCGGUGAUUUGAAAAAGGCAAUGAAAGACGGAAAACCAAUUAUAAUUGAGGGAAUACAUUUGGAUCCUAGCAUUUAUUUAGUGGAGGAUGAGAACAAAACACCUUCUGCUGUAAAUACAGGAAAUAAAGAAAUAAAUCCAGUGUCUGCGGAAUUGGAUGAUAAUACUGCAAUAAACACACAAAAUAUUAAUGUUGGUAGUGGCGAUGAGCCGAGUAGUGAUCCCAAGAUUUUGAGCUCGAAUGAGGGAGUAAAUGAUGACAUUGUGGAUGCAGUAUCAAAUUCCAUGUCAACCGUGGGACUAGAUGGAAACAAAACCGAACAUAAAGAUGCUUCUCUUCCAGAAGUGGAGAUAGAAAAAAUAACUGUUAGUAAGGAGAAGUCAGGCCCCAAACCAAUAAUUGUGCCUAUCGUUUUGAAGAUGGCUGAAUUUGAUCAUAAGGCAUUACUUGAAGAGUGGAUCUCCUCUCGUACAUUUAUCGAAAAGUGCCCAGACCAGGAUCAUGAUAAACUCAUAGCCAACUUGAAAACCAUACAAGACUAUCUGUGCUCGUUCACAUCACAGGGGUUGACCGUAGUCAAUGUAUCCGCAACAACAUUUCCUCAAACAUUGGAUUGGCUGCAUGGUUAUCUUCUCCAGUGUAUUGAGCAAGGUACUUCAUUAGGGUCACAUGAAAAUGUUACACAAGUAGCUGCAAAAUAGUUUUUAUGAUGCUGGAGAAUAAUCCAUAAUUAUUGAUGAUUUCUCAUUUUGUGAGGCCAUGCUUGGAAAAAGAUAUCAGCAUUUCUUUGUAAAACUUGUAAUUAUUUAAUCCAUAAUUAUCAACAUUUUAACUGAGUUAAUUAUGUGUUUAUUUAAUCUUUGAUGGCUUUUCCCUCUUCUCA